CACCCCCAACUUUCAGCUCUCUCCGCCCGUCAUCUUCAAACACAAUCCAACCCCCUCUCUCUCUCUAACUUUUUCUCUCUCUAAAAUUCUCGAGGAACCGUUACUUUGCGUCUCUCGUGUCCCAAACGAGAAAGCAAGCUCACAUGACACACCCUUCAAUGGAUUCAUCACAGUUCUUCUUCGCCGGAGAAGCCCAUUUCUUGCCUGAGAAUCGCCAUUUCGAUCAAAAACCUUUGGAGAACAACAAUCAUUUCACCAUUGAAGACUUGCUCGAUUUCCCCAAAGACGAAGAACUCAUGACUGACGCCUUCUUCGAUAAUGUUGCCGGAAACUCCACCGACUCUUCCACCGUCACCGGAAACAGCUGUAAUUCCUCGGUUUCAGGCGGGGAAACUCAGGUUUCGGGUAAUAUUAGCUGCCGCAGCUUCGCUGACGCUCAAUUAUCCGGCGAACUUUGCGUUCCGUACGAGGAUUUGGCUGAGCUUGAAUGGCUCUCGAACUUCGUGGAAGACUCGUUCUCGAGCGACGAUUUGCAGAACCUCCAACUGAUCACCGCCACAACAGCUCCGAUCGACACCUCAUCCUUCGAAACGGUACGCCCUACCACCGAGUUUCGGUCCGAGACUGGCCCGGUAUUCCCAGCCGACGUGGCAGUCCGAGGCAAAGCCCGAAGCAAGCGCUCACGCGCCGUCCCUUGCACCUGGGCCUCACGCCUCGUCGUCCUCGCCCCCCCGGCUAUCUCAUCGCCGGAACCAAACACCACCGUAUCAGCCAAAACGACGCCGUCGAAGAAGAGAGACUCGGGUGAGAAUCCGGGCCGGAGGUGCCUGCAUUGCGCAUCCGAAAAGACUCCGCAGUGGCGGACCGGGCCUAUGGGCCCAAAAACGCUUUGUAAUGCGUGUGGGGUCCGGUAUAAGUCGGGCCGGUUGGUGCCCGAGUAUAGACCUGCUGCGAGUCCGACUUUUGUGUCGGCAAAGCAUUCGAACUCGCACCGGAAGGUUCUGGAGCUCCGGAGGCAGAGGGAGGUUCAGAUGCAGCAGCAGCAACAGUUUUUAAGUCAAAGCUCGAUUUUCGGCGUAUCAAACGGUGGUGAUGAAUACAUGAUUCAUCAUCGUCAUCAUCAAAUUGGUCCUGAUUAUGGUCACAUGAUAUAGUGUGUGACGGAGUAGCGUAUUAGGGUGGAAAUUUUCCUAAGUUUAACAUUUAGUUUUCUAAUUUCGGGAUAAUUUCAGUUUUCCAUGAAAAUUAAAAAAAAUCGAGAAUUAGGACCAAAAAAAAAAAGAAAAAGGGAGGGAGAAGAUGAUCAAUUCGUUGUAGACUUUAUCAUGUUGUCUAAUUUUUCUUUUUCUUAUUUUUGUUUUGGAAUUUUUGCUAAAUUUGGCAAAUUAAUCAAAUUCCAUUUCUUCA